CAAGAAACCACUGGAGAUAUAAUACCAUAAAUGGCGGUAACCUCGUCAUCACACGAGCUUGCACUUUGAUAAGAACAAUCUCUCCGCCAGGGACGACAAUCAUUAACAAUGCCUACCAAACACCUUUUACAAAUAAUGAUGAUAGUGGCCUCCUCUCUGCCGCUUGGCCACUGUGCGCCGAGAAAUGGCCGCGUUGAAUUCCCCCCUCUGCUCGACGCGACGCUUGACGAACUACAAUCAGGCCUCAAUGGCGGGCAUUUCACCAGCGUGGACUUGAUCCGGGCCUAUACCGCCAGAAUAGAGCAGGUCAACCCGCGGCUGCACGCCAUCAACGAGAUUAACCCUGAUGCCAUUUCCAUCGCCGCACAUCAUGACGCCUUGAGACAUUCUGGACAUCUCAUCGGUCCGCUUCAUGGGAUUCCAGUCGUCAUCAAGGAUAACAUUGCCACGGCUGACAAGAUGAACAACACGGCCGGGUCGUACGUCCUCGUUGGCGCCGAGGUCCCGGAGGACAGCACGGUUGCGCGCAAGCUACGUGAGGCUGGAGCCAUCAUUCUUGGCAAGGCCAAUCUGUCGCAGUGGUCCGGUGCCCGCGGAGCCAUUACCCAAGGAUGGUCUGCGUAUGGCGGGCAGUGUAUCGGCGCAUACUUCCCCGAGAUGGAUCCCGAUGGUUCGUCGUCUGGCAGCGGAACCGCGGCCUCGAUUGGUUUGGCCUGGGCGGCUUUAGGCACUGAUACGACUGGUUCCAUUGCAGACCCUUCGAGCAAACAUAACUUGGUUGGUAUCAAACCGACCAUGGGGCUGACGUCCAGGUAUCUCGUCGUUCCCAUCUCGGAGCAUCAGGAUACCGUUGGACCAAUGGCGCGAACUGUCAAGGAUGCUGCAUACUUGUUAUCAGCAAUUGCCGGAUCAGACAAGAACGACAAUUACACGUCUGCAUCGCCGUUUGGAGAGAAGCCCCCAGAUUACGUCGCCGCUUGUAAGGGCAAGGGCCUGCAUGGGAAGCGGAUUGGUGUUCCUCGACACAUGCUGCAGCUGGGGUCAGACAGGCCUUCGGAUUACAUGAUCGAGGUGUUCAACUCUGCGCUGGACGUAUUGCGAGAGCAAGGCGCCGAACUUGUGGACCACAUCUUCUUGUCCGGUGCAGCGGACUUGGUCAGCAGGAAAUAUAGCCCGUUUGUCACGGGUCCAGACAUGAUGGCAGACAUACCCCGAUAUUUUUCGCAGCUCAAGACGAACCCCAACAACAUCACUACAAUGAUUCAACUACGUGACUUUAUCCAUAAAGAUAUCCGUGAAGAGUAUCCCGAAAAGGGUACCCAGUCUUGGGACAGGGGCAUCAGCAGAGGCUACGACAACACCUCGCCAGUGUGGUGGGAGAAUUACAGCGCCCAGGCAGAGCUCGCCGGCCCUCAAGGAAUUGCCGGUGCAGUGAAGGAACACUCUCUCGAUGCCAUAGUCCUUCCCACGGAGUAUUUGAGCAUACUUGCAGCUCCUUUAGGCAAUCCUGUCAUUUCAGUACCGGUAGGACGAACACCCGACGACGCCCCGUUAGUGAGGAAUGAGUUUGGAACCCUGAAUCUCAAGGGUCCGAACCAGCCGUUUGGGUUGGGAUUUAGCGGCGCGCGGUUCAGCGAGGAGGCGCUCAUUGAGAUUGCGUAUGCGUUUGAGCAGGCGACGAUGGUGCGUAAGACGAUUGUUCCUUAUAUUCAGCCAGAGACUGAGCUCGAGGAUAUUGUGAGCAAGACGGAGCAAACGAAUGGGAACUUGGAGUUGUAGAUGUGUGAAGGGCACUGGACAAAUAGACAUGAGAGACUUUGUAUUGUGAUAGAAUGAAAUACUCUAUAGAUAGCCCUUUAGUUGUGUGGUUUAGAUGAUUCCACGUCUCUAAUUCUAACGCCAUGAGCGCCAACACCAUGUUG